AUGGGUUCGGUGAAGUGUUGCAUGAUUCUUUUUGCCUUUCUUGGAUGCAUUGUGUCGUUCGCCAGCGCCGAUCCGGACUGUGAGAAUUUGAAGGAUAGGCGUGAUGAAAUGGAUCAGUGCUGCCAGGCUGAGAAAAUUAUCUCACUGAAGGAUGCGGACGAUUGCUCUACCGUUGCCGACGACGCUUCCCAUCCGCAUGAGAAAAUGAUGUGUACACUCCAGUGUAAGAUGCAGUCACUUGGGUUGAUAAACGGUGACGAUAUCGUGCAGGAGAAGGUCAUGGAGUACGUGGAACGGUUGGAAGGUGGUUGGAAGGAUACAGCGAAGGACAUCGCCACCAACUGUAUUACAAUGAUCGCGGGCAUAAAAACGAAGAUGCAGGACCAUGGGCACGAUACGAAAUGUUCACCUAUUAGUGGAUUUUUCCUCAUGUGUCUUAUGAAAAACACCUUUACCCAGUGUCCGGCUGACAAGUGGCACAGCACAAGCUUCUGCGACAAAAUUAAGAACGGUGAAUGCGCCCCAAACCGUUUUGAAAACUAA